AUGUGUUUUGUGAUAAUGGCCGUGUUAAGAUCUCGUUCUAAAAAGGUUCUGGUUUUGCUAGCUGUUUUUCUGACUAUGGUUUUCAUGAAGGGCCAGUUGUUCGAUGACCAGAGUGACAGCAACAAUAAACGAAACAGCGUUUUUGGCAAGUUAAACAGAAACAGUGGAGGCAGUCGAGCAAACUACGGCGUGCCAGAAGUGGACGAGCUCAUCGACUGGUACCUGACGAAGCAACAUAUAUUUGAAUCGCGGUACACUCUGCUGGCAAACGAGCCGUACGCCGAGUUCCUACUGAAGCUAGAUAGAAACAGACCUAUAGGUGACGGUUUGAAGAUGGACCUGCCUGAGAAUGGACAUUCCUGGCAGCGAUUCUACCGUGAAAUCGAACAGUAUGCCCUCUACAACCCACACACAAAGGACACAGUCAAGGAGCUGCUACGAGAACUGGCGACUACUCCCAUCGCUAAGACAGAAGAGAGGUUGGAAUACAGUCAAGCCACACUUAUCGUCACCCUCAGUAAUGGAGCUCAGGGUGUAUUCAAGGGAAAGAGUUUCGGGAGAGAUUACCAGACACCACCAGACCUGAUGUACUUCAGUGAGUUUGACCGCCACAAUGCCGAGAUAGCUGCCUUUCAUCUGGACAAGAUAUUGGGCUUCUACAGAGCACCCCCAUCAGUUGGCAGGUGGAUCAACGUGUCUUCAGAAGUGACUCCCGGACCGAAAAUGUUGAUGUAUCAGUCUCCAGUCGGCAACAGCUGUUUCCUGGUCCGGUGUAGACAGUACCCCAGCAGCAUGUAUGGUUUCUGUGGAGAGCCCCAGAUGCUGGAAGGAUCCCUGACCAUUGUCCUGCCCGGGAGGCUAGUCCCCGACAGACACCACCAUCACCGGCACCCGUGGGCGAGAACAUACAAUAUAUCAAAGGCACCCUGGGAACUUAGUGAGGAUUACUGUGAGAAAGUGGUCAAGAAUGACCUCAGGUUUAGUCGUGGUCGUAUUCUGAUGGACCUUAUAGACCUUGCCGUCUUUGAUUUUCUUACAGGUGAGUUUUCAAAAGCCAACUACGACUGCAACUCCUGUCUGGCGCCAUUAAAACAGUGCUGUCUGAUAAGGCAGUCCACGAUGGUUAAACUCAUCAAACUCUACCGGGGUCCAGACAGUCUCAGCGGUCUGCUGAGAACCUCCUUGAACUCUGACCCUGUGGCACCAGUUUUGCUUAAAAACCAUCUGGAUGCCGUUGACAGACGUUUGGGGAAAGUUUUGAAAACUGUUAGUGAUUGUAUCAGUAACAAGGGAUCUUGGGAUAAUGUUGUUAUUGAUGACGAGUUCUAG